GAAUUCUGGAGCAUAGGUAAGAGGACAGAAGCAAAAACAUUUCAGCAUGAGGGACCCACUCACAAGCUGUUCGUAUAAUCAAAUGUACAAGAACCUAAAGGAGUUUUCUCAAAAUGGAGAGAAUUUCUGCAAGCAGGUCACAUCCAUUCUUCAGCAAAGCUGUGUCGUCAGUGCCUGGGCCUGGAUCUCGGAGGGCAUGAAAUCUGCAGCAGACCUGCAUCAAAAACUUGGCAAAGCAAUUGAGUUGGAAGCAGUAAAACCAACGCAUCAAGUCCUGAGUGUACAUGAGAAGAAGAGAAAAUCACUUGAUAACGAAGUUGAAAAGACAGCAAAUCUUUUUAUUAGCAACUGGAAUCAACAAAUGAAGGCCAAAAAGAAAUUAAUGGUGAAUACCAAGAAGCAUGAAGCACUUUACCAUCUUGUAGAAAGCUCCAAGCAAACCGUGACUGAGAGGGAGAAGCAAAAGCUCCUCAAUAAACUGAAAAAAUCGACUGAGAAAUUGUCAAAAGAAGAUGAAAAUUACUACCAAAAAAACAUGGCCGGCUGUUCUACCAGACUGAAAUGGGAAAACAUGCUAGAAAACAGCUACCAGAGCAUCCUGGAGCUAGAGAAGGAAAGAAUUCAACUUUUAUGCAAUAACUUAAACCAGUACACCCAACAUAUUUCUAGUUUUGGCCAAACCCUGACUACGUGCCAUGAGCAGAUACACUGUGCCAUCAGCAAGAUAGAUGUCGAAAAAGAUAUCCAGGCUCUAAUAGAAGAAACUGCCAUUUCAACUACAGAAAAUAAAUCUGAGUUCCUAUUAACUGAUUACUUUGAAGAAGACCCUAACAAUGCAAUGAGUAAAGACCGUCAAGAGUCUUCAAUAAAAUCAAAACUGUUGAGACUACAAAGAGAUAUUGAAAAAGCCUCAAGAGACCAGAAAGGCCUGGAACUAAUGCUGAAAGCAUACUCCAGUAACUCCUCUUUCUCAGACCCUGAGAGCCAGAAAAACACAGCAGCCUUAAUGGAUGAGAUCAAUUUGAAACUAAACCUUUUGCAAGCAAACUCCUAUAAACUGUCAUCAGUGUUAGCAGAACUUGAGCAAAGACCUCAACCCAGCCAUCCCUAUAGUAACUCCAUCUUCAAGUGGAAAGAAAAGCAGCAGACACAUAGUUAUGUAAAAAUAUCUCGGCCUUUUCUGACAAAAAGAUCAGAAAAUGCUGUGAGCAGUUCAUCUACUGGUGGGCAGAGCAAUCCAAGUUCUUCAUCUACAGCCUCCGGUGUGGCCCAAUAUGGCAACAGUCUUUGCAAGGCUUUGUAUCCUUUUCAAGCCAGGCAAGAUGAUGAAUUGAAUCUGGAAAGAGGUGAUAUUGUAACUGUACACACGAAAAACGAAGAAGGAUGGUGGUUUGGAUCUUUAAAUGGAAAAAAAGGCCAUUUUCCUGCUGCUUAUGUGAAGGAGCUCCCAUCAAACGCUGGGUACACAGGCAUAAAACAAGAUUCUCAACGCGCUGCCUUACAGGCGCUAUAA